AUGGCCACUCCAGGCACCCAGUACAUGAUGCAAGCCGGCCUGGCAGCCGGCUUGUCAGGGAGACAGGGCAUGCACUCUCCGCUUCCCAAGCCGGUGGACCCCAAUCUCAGUGACACGGUCAACAUGCUCCCACCUGAACUAACGCUUGACUCGAACAGCCGAUUCACCUUACGUGGUGUGGAUGGCAAGGACGUACUCGUUCCGUACCUGAGCAUCGGCGCAUGGCCGCGGGGCGACUAA